AUGUGCCGAUUGGGAGGCCGUCCUCGGCUGCUUGUGCCUCUCUCCUCUCUUCUUUCUCUUCCUUCUACCUUCUUCUGUUCUGCAGCUCUUUGGUGCUUCCUUCUGUUGCUCCUCCUAUUUUCUUACCCUGUGUCUUCUCAUCGGUCUCGAGCUACUUCGCCGUCAUCGCCCAUUGCGCGAGCGAGCCAUUUCUCAUCUGCUUCUCUUCCGGCUCCUCCUGACUCUUCUUGUUUUCUUGCCUCUCUCCCUAUUCCGUUGCCUACUGAUUCGUCUCUUGGUUUCUGGUCUUCCUCUUCUGAGGCCGCUGCGCCGCCUCUCUUUCUUUUUCCACGAGAGCCACGCGGGAACAAUGGAGAAUACAACUCGGAAUCCUUCCUCCCACCACCCGCACCUGGAGGAAUCUUUUCUGCAUCGACUGCCUCUCCCUCUUCUGCCCUUCCGUCCUCUUGUUCUUCUCGUCCCUGUGUCUAUUUCUCACGCACCAAGGUGACCUCGUUUCCGUCUUUCUGUCCUCCGACAAACACCUCGAAUGGUCAUUUUCCUGAAUGCACCUCUUCUUCAACAUCUUUUCGCGCUUUUUCUGAACUGUUCAGACACAAGCAGGCUCAGGGAUCGGACGCACUUCCUUGUUUUUCGCUUCUUUGCUUCCUCGCUCCGCGAGGUCUCGCGCUCUUUCCUGAACACUCGCCAGUUUUCAGCUCGCGUCGUCUUCCCCAGAAGCGGCUCGUCACCUACACACACCAGAGAAGGCAGUUUAACUCAUCUCCUACAGUUUCCGACUUUUUUUGCACCUCACGUUCUCCGUCGUCUUUCCCGACUUACGUUUCUUCGUUUGCUUUUCACACCUUGCCCCGCGAUGCGCGUCCAAGCCGCCUCGCGGGGUGUCCAUCCACCUCCGCACCCUGCCAGCAACGCAGCGCUGCUCAGGUGUCUGUACACUCGGGGCCGAAUGCCUGGCGAGUCGACGGCCGCGAAACAGCCAUGUCUCUUCUAGAGCGGAGCAGGAGGGGUGGUCCUUCUUCUCGAAGGUCCACAGGUUGCUGUGCGUCUGCUGGAAGCCAGCUAGAAGAGCUGGGAGACCCUUCAGAAGAGAGAGAGGUCCCGAAGAGGAGGAAAAGGAAGGCGAUGCAAAACGAAGGCGCCUCUGCCUCCGCCGCUUGGUCGCCUCCCUGUGAGGCAGAGGGGAGAGCUGAAGAGACAGGAGCAACCACGAAGGGCAGAAGGGUGAAAAAGGGAGCUGCAGAGAGAGAAGACGAAGAAGCGCACACAAAUGCAGCAAAGGCUCCCUUGGGCUCUCCGGCACGCCGCCAGAGUGACAGAGACCGGGGGGAAAGGGGAGAGAGCAAGUAUGUCCGGGCAGGGAAGGGGGAACCUCUCGAGGAGGAGACCGUUUGCGGAGGCGCAGCGCAAAAUACACCUCUCGCGGAGCUCAGAGAAGCGUGUCGAAAAAUUCACAUCUCCAGCAAAGGAACGAAGGAGGAGAUUCUCAGUCGCCUUGCGAACGCCAUGAGAGGUGUGGAGACACCCGAGGAGGAGGUACGCGUUGGCCGACGAGGCGGGGGAUGCACGGAGAGAGAGAAAAAUCGGAGGACUCCGGAAGCAGAGACAGACACCCGAGGCGACGGGGGCGAGAGAACACACAAGAAAGCGGCAGAUGACGGGAGUCCUCUGGAGGCCGAGCAGCUGAGGGAAGCGACAAGGAAGCAAGCGACGCGAGUGACGGAGGACGAGGAGCAAAUCGAAGAAGAGCGCAGCGCCCAGAGACCGCCGAGGGGAGAGAGGAUUGAAACGGCGAGGAAGAAAGAAGGAGAAAGCAUGGAAGAGGGCGGAGACGACUCUCGUCGGGGAAGAAGAGAAGGAUGGGAACGAGGGGACGAGGUUAAACAUGGUGAGAGAGAAGUGCUAGAAGAAGGCGAAGAAAAACACAGGAAGAGUAAGCGAAGGAGCGGAGACAACGGUGAAGCGUCCAGCACGAAGAGGAGACAACGAAGCAUCCAGGAAGAAGACAUUGAAGGAGGCACGGAGAGACAACCGACGAGAUGUGGAGAGUGCGGCAAAAGAAUGAACAAAAGAGCGAAGUUCUGCGGAGGAUGUGGCGCGCCUGCAGGAGCAGCCGCUCGAGAGACCCUUCGCGUGUUCAUCGAAAAGCACUUCCUCCCGAUUCGCGAGCAGGAAGUCGGCGAACACACGCGACGCGUUGAGCGAGGAUUCUGGAAAUCCAUUCUCGAAGUUCUCGGCGACGUGGCCGUUUCAGAGCUCUCAGGAGUUCACUGGGAGCGCUACCUCAAAAUUUUAAAGAAGCGCAACUGCUCUCCGAGGACGCAGGCCCUGCACCAGGUUGCCUACCAGGCCGCCUUGCGCUACGGUGUUCACACAGGCCGCCUCUCGCGUUCACAUGACUUCCGGCGGAUUCGCGGAUGCACAAAACGCACGAUGCAGUCCGAACCACUUCGAGCCACAGAAGUUCCUCGCCUGCUGGAUGCGGCAGGCAGCGCAAUGCAUCGUAGCAUGUUUGCUGUCGGCAUUGGGAUUGGCCUGCGGCCGAGCGAACUUCUGCGACUCCACUGGGAGGACAUCGACUGGAAGAACAACAUCGCUUCCAUUCGAGGCUCUAAGACUGCUGCCUCCCGAGCAGCUGUUCCCCUCACCGAUCUUGCAAGACGAGAGCUCUUCAGCUGGUGGGAGGAGGAAGGGUCUCCGGCCACGGGGCUGUGCUUCUACGCUGAAGGGGCGAGACGCAGUUUACCAAACAAGCGCGAGGAGGGCAACGGUGAAACAGAAGUGACAGGAAAGAAAACGAAAAGUCCGAUGAGAAGCUUCAAGAAGGCGUUGCAUGCUGCCGCAAAAAGGGCGGCACUCGAGACAACCCCGGACGGAGAGCGACGUCGCAUUUUCCCCUAUCUCUUGAGGCAUUCUUUCGCAACGCUGGCAGCCACGUCGAACCCUCCGGUGCCGCUGCCUGUUGCGCAGGCUGUCAUGCGUCACACCUCCUCGAAAAUGCUUCUCGACACCUACGCGAAGGCUGGCACUCUGGUGAUCAAAGAAGGCCUGAAGAACUUCAAUGUCUGA